CCCUUCUGGAGCCUCCGGCGCCCACGAGGCUGCACCACGCCACCAACCAGCAGAACGCGGACGGUAUCAAAAACACAGGGGCGCUGCGCUGCGGCCAGCGGGGCUUCGCGGGGGGCGGCAUCUACUUCUCGCAGGGCGAAGCUGGCGCGGUGCGCAAGGCGAAGUGUCCGGGCAGGCCUACCGUGAUCGUCAUUUGCGACGUGGACCUGGGGCGCGUGUGGCACGUGGAGAAGGACACCGUGAACAUGCGCGUGGUUCUUUCGGCCGGAUAUGAUUCGGUCAAGAUCAACGGCCACGACGUGUACGCUGUGUACGACCCUGCGCGCGUAACCAUCUUGUAUUUCAAGGACGUUGACACAGGCUGGACUACCGCGUUUUCGAACUCUCGGCCCUCGUACGCCCCGGCCACGUAUGCCGUUGCAGGUGGCCCGUGGCCGUUGCAGGUAACCCGCGGCCACGGGCAUUUCGACGCGUUCGAGCAGCGGGAGCGCCAGAGGCGGGCCGAGCAGGAGCGCGAGCGAGUGCAGCGUCUGCAGGCCGACCUGGAUGAGCGGACGAGGCAGCGCCAGCGAGAGCAGUGGCGUCGCGACGAGCGCUGUAUCCUCUGUUGCAUCCUCUGA